AUGUUAAAAGAUGUUGAUAAAGCUAUAAGAUGCGCAAAUCUUAAUUUAACCCCAAUGAUUGAUGGAAAAGGUCUUAAAGUGCCUAUUCCAAAAGUCACGACUGAAUUUCGUGAAAAAAUGAUUAAAAUCGCGUCCAAAAUUGCAGAAAAUACAAAAACAAAGCUUCGCCUUGCGAGGCAGGACGGAUUAAAAGAUUUGAAAAAAGACAGUAAAAGUGGAUUACCAAAUGAUGAAGCAAAAUUAUUGGAAAAACAGCUUCAAUUAUUAGUAGAUAAAUAUGCAAAGGAAGUCGAUGAUUUCUUUAAAGCAAAAUCUAAAGAAAUAUCAGGAAAUUAA